UCCAAAUGUCCUUGUGUUUAAAGGCUUUCUUCAUCGUCGUACACAUUUUCUUUCACUCUAACUGCUAUAUACAGCGAGGUUUGGAAGAUCCAUACGCUGAAACACCUAAAUGUGAACCUAUACGUAUAAAGGCUUGUCAGGAUCUACCAUACAACAUCACUAUAUUCCCAAAUGAUAUGGGGCACGCUACUCAAGAUGAUGCCGCCCAGGAGAUCGGUCAAUAUACACCAUUAGUUCGAACUACUUGCAGUUCUUCCUUAAAAUUGUUUUUAUGCUCGUUAUUUUUCCCUGUCUGCACUGGAAUGAAAAAACCGUUACCUCCUUGUCGAUCUUUGUGUGAACAAAACCGUAAGGACUGUGAACCACUUAUGCGGGGUUUUCACUUUGAGUGGCCAGAAAUAAUGAAUUGUGAUCGUUUCCCAGAAGAUUCGUUGUGUAUAGCUGAAAAUAAAACAGAAAAACGGGUUUCUAAGGAACCUUCGUUCGUGUGCCCUGUUCAUAUGAGAGUUCCUCCGAGUUUCGAAUUCCGUAUAAGAAUGAGCAGGAAUCAAAUCAUUCAAGACUGUGGAAUUCCUUGUGGUGAUUUCCUUUUUGGCGAUUCGUCUUCCAGGAAAUUUUCUCGCUUGUGGAUCGGUCUCUGGAGUUUCUUGUGUGCAGCAUCCACGUCAUUUACAGUUCUCACCUUCCUCAUUGAUAUGCCUCGAUUUCAGUACCCCGAGAGACCGAUAAUAUUCUUGUCAGCUUGUUACCUGAUGGUGGCUCUGACAUACGUUGCAGGUUUUAUUUUAAAUGACGGUGUCGCUUGCUCUGGGCCUUUUCCAGCACAGCAAUCUCUCAGUGGUCAAAUUGAAAUGCCGCGACUCGUUACUCAGGGAACAAAGUUUGAAGGAUGCAUCAUUUUAUUCAUGUUGCUUUACUUCUUUUCUAUGGCUAGUUCUAUUUGGUGGGUGGUUUUAACAAUCACUUGGUAUUUAGCUGCUAAAUGUCAUUGGGCACAUGAAGCUAUAUCACGUAAUGCACAGUAUUUACACUUUGCUGCAUGGGCUAUUCCAGCUGCUAAAACAAUUGGAAUAUUAGCUUUGGGAAAGGUUGACGGCGAUCCACUGUCUGGUGUAUGCUUUACCGGAUUAACAGAUCCAGUUAUACUGAGAGCAUUUUUAAUUGCCCCAUUAUGUUUGUAUCUUCUGAUUGGAACUUGUUUCCUGUUUGCUGGUUUUGUAUCAUUAUUUAGAAUUCGUACAAUCAUUAAAACUGGAGGUUCAAAAACUGAUGACUUAGAGAAAUUAAUUAUGCGAAUUGGUGUAUUUAGUUUACUGUAUAUUGUACCAGCACUAGUAGUAAUCGCCUGUUAUUUACAUGAAUCUAGAAUGUCUGAAAAAUGGAUGCUUACAUGGUAUACAACUGAAGUAUGUCGUAAAGUGGAUCCUAAUCAACUAGCCGAUUCUAUAUGUCCUGGACAUUUCAAACGACUGGUUGAAGCCGGUAGUUCAUCCCGAUCAGACAAUUCCGAUAUUUCUGUUAGUCAAAAUAUAUUUGCCAAAAUAUCUGCAUUAGAAAAACCCGAAUUUGAAUUAUUUAUGAUUAAAUAUCUUAUGACAUUGAUUGUUGGUAUAACAAGUGGUGUUUGGAUAUGGAGUGGAAAAACACUUGUAUCAUGGAAACGUUUCUUCGCACGAGUUUUCCGUCGUCGUAGUUGUUGUGAUAACAAAAAUAUCGAUCUAACUGUUUCAAGUACGCGUUCCGGUCUUGUCGUAGCUAGACGAGGUGUUCAGUCGAAUGCUCUACCAACUGGUGUAACAUCAAAUCCUGGUUCUGUUCCCUUAUUAACACGUACAAUGCAAUCAUCUCACCCAGUACAACCGUAUAUUUUCAGUCAGGAUACAACAACAACUACUAGUGGAUGGGCAUCAAGAGGUGCACCAUCUGGAGUAACUGCACCACCAGAUAUUUCGUCAACUCCCGUGAGUUAUGCUGCCCAACCUAACUGGUUAGCUGCUAGUCCAAAUUCAGUUCAGAUUAAUGCUGGCCUACAAACUGGUAUGAUAAAUACAAAUGCACAAAGUGUCGUGCCCACUAAUUCUGGUCUAGGCUUACUGUAGUUAU